UUUCCAUUCUCCCCCUCAAUUCUCCCGCCCUUUUCUCUCUAACCCUAACCCUAGUUCCUUUUCCCUAACCGUGGUUCAUACUUCUCCUUUAUCGAUCUCUUCCAAAAAAAUCGACAAACCCUAAUUUAUUUCGUCCGAUCUAGCCCUGGAAACGAUAGAUCUAUCGGCGGUGACGAGAUCCAACGCCAUGGUUGUCAACGGCCGACCUUUGAAGCGAGCGAAGAGACGCGUGACAGCAGAUCUGCUCGAUUUCCUCGCGUUCUCAUCCGUGAUUGAUGCCGGUGGUAGGAUCUCGGAGGGAGCGUUCAGAUCCAGCGUCAGAUCGUUCCUUUCAAAGCACGCGAGGCUGCCGCCGCCUCCGCCGGCGCUGAUAUUCACGCCGUCGGCGAUGACGACGUGGCGAGUUUCGUUCAGGAUCGGUGGGGAGGGGAUCGUGGAGAUGGACAUCGUUGAAGAGGAGGUGAUCAGAUCCAAGUCGGUGUAUUGCGAUCAGUGCCGAGUUGUAGGUUGGAGUGGGCAUCCUGUGUGCAGGAAACGGUACCAUUUUAUUAUAAGGAACAACAACAAUCCCUUUUCUGGGUACCAUCAGAUGUGUAUGCGAUGUGGAUCCAUGUUGCACAUGUUGGAUUCACGGUGAGACAAGUAUCCCUUGUGUUUCUUUUAGGUCUUCUUUGUUUGGAGUUUUUGAGGCACUCCUUUGAAAAGCUAACAGAAUUUUAAAAACCAACUGUUGUAUAGUUUUUCACUAAAUUAUCACAAUUUCAAGAUGUUUAGUCCAUAUUAGUUCUUAUGUCUUGAGAAAAUUUGAAGCUUUAUAUGAAGUAUGUGCAGUUAAUAAUAUUUUAUAUAUGAUUUGAUCAUGUUUUGUUGCUUCCUUGAUAUUCAGUUCAGUGUAUGUUAGGCUAGAGUGUGAAUGCAUAUUUUGUUAGUAAGAACGAGAUUGCCAUCUCAUCUACUCUGGACUGGAAAAUGAUAAUUGUACUAUAAUAGUUGCACUACUCUUGUACUCUAAGAGUCUUAGACACAGUGAAGUGGGUCCAUUGCAACUCUUAAUUUACUUUUGCAAUUUAUAUGAAAAAAGGUCCCGCUUAUUUGUGUGUAGGAGUACAUAAGAGUAGCAUAACUCUUGUGUAUGGUUAUCACUACUACUCCGAAUAGGUGGUCAGUUAUCAUCACACAAAAUCUAUCGUAAAGUAAAUAAAGCGAUUUGAAAAAGCCUAAUUACGUUGUUGAGGUGGUGCAUUGUUCAUUGAUGCUUUUAAUAAAACUGAUUUGAUUGCAUUGAAGAACAGAGAGGAUGUGGUGUAAGUGAUGAGAAAAGGAAAGGGUAAAAA